AUGGAGGAACAGAAUUGGGGAUCCAGUGAGAAAGGCGCUCAGAUUGUCGAAGUAUCAGAAGCAAGAUCGCUUGCUACGAGCAGCGCGGCAAACCUAUUAAAUCCUCGGGAGGACCAUCUUUGGAUCGCCGGCAGCGUCCCGCAAUAUGUGGUGUUAAAACUCAACCCGGCCCACCCGCCGCUGCGUUACGCCGGCUGGCAUGUCUGGCAUGAUUACCCGACGAACCCCAGCAAAGUCGAGAUCGCCUCCGGCGAGUCCGCGGACGCACUCAGUCCUCUGCUUAUCUGCCGAGCGCUUCCAGGCGCGGGGACUCAAUUGUGGCUGCUCCCAAAGCCGAUUCCACCCCACCAUUUGUACGUUCGACUGAAGAUCACGGAUAGCUUUACGGCGGGUCCGACGUACAUGAGCACCGUGGUGCUUCUUGAAAAUGACCCUGGACCGACUUACCGCGGUGGUGCCCUACCGGUCGCGGAUGCCGCUGCCGCGAACGAGCUCCACCCAGACCUUGGCGCGGCGGGAACCUCAAAGAGGGCCCUGGAUAUGCUGCCGAAGAUUUUAGUUCGCCAUGGGCGGGCCGAGCAGUUUCUCCAUCAUGGGGCCACCCCCAAUACGGCCUCGACGGAGCAGAGCUACGUGUUAUUGAAUGCAGGUAGCACGACCAGUCGAGAGCCGAUCAGCGGGACGGUCCGCUCCACCAGUGCCCCGAUUCCGGAUAAGUCGAGGAAUCGGUUGGGGAAACUACUCAAGGAUCUGGAGGAGGAUAUUCGCAACCUGCACCCGAUAAAAGGAAUUCAUCCGCCGCCCAGCAUGUUUCUCCCGGCGCUGCAGGACACCUCGUUGUUGUCCCCGCCUACGACGGACACGGGAAACAGCACGAGCACCGACGGGAAGACUCAUCGCGCGAGCUUGCCAAGGCCGCAAAAGCAUCCCCCCCUCUCCCCUCCUUACCCUUACGACGCGCCGGCGGUGGAUUGGGAGGGCCCCCACGGGGAGGUUGAGGCGUUACCGCCCCACGUCCUGGCGAUGGUCACCAAACUGGGCGAUCGAAUCGGCAUCCUCGAGCAAGCCGUGGCGUCUCUUACGCAGACCGUUCAGCAUCAGCGGGAGGAUUUGACAAUGAUGAAACGGCUACAGCGGCAACAGGCGAUCGAGCGGCGGAAGGAAUCGGAAUGGCGACACGAGGCCCGUCGGGAAGAAGAACAACGGCAUGCCGGUGCUCUGCUUGCGUUAAACUCCACCGAUCAUAAACUAAACCAUCAUCAAAUCGAUGUCAAUUUCCCAGAGGAAGCGUUACGAGGAUAUGUGGAAUCCAUCAUGGAGGAGAGACUACAAAAGAAACUGAAAAAGAAUGAGAGUAAAACCCUUAAGCGCCUCGAUGUGUAUUUGAAGGAUGUCAUCCGGUCCAUUGCCGAAUCUGUAGACGUGCAGUUAAAUCACAUCCUUCAGUAG